UCGAUGAGAUGAGAAGUUAUUAACUUAUUACAUUACAUCACAUUUACACAGCAUAGCAGUGCGGUUGUUGGUUGAUCUGCCACCGAGUCUGCGACUGCGACUCCUGAAGAAGACGACAUAAAAUAAUCACUUUCAGUCGCAGUAACAGAAAAACAAAUUUGAAGGAUCAAUUUGUCAUUUGUCCAUCGCCAACAACCGCAGUUCCUCAUUCAUCGGAGAAGACAAUGACGAGUGAGUGUAAGAAAGAGCUGCUGAGUGAGAUUCAAUAUCUGGAAGAGAAGCAGAAACUACUCACUCGCUCUCAUUUUCCUCCUGAUUUUGUGUUUGGAGUUGCCACGUCUGCUUAUCAGAUUGAAGGCGGUUGCAAGGAUGGCGGUAGGGGUCCUAGUAUUUGGGAUUCUUUUUCACAUACCAAAGGAAAGAUUCUCGAUGGAAGCAAUGGUGAUAUAGCUGUCGAUCAUUUCCAUCGUUACUUGGAGGAUAUUGAUCUCAUUGCUAACUUGGGUUUUGAUGCUUAUCGAUUCUCUUUGUCAUGGUCUCGCAUCUUUCCUGAUGGUUCGGCAACCAAAGCCAAUGAUGAAGGAAUUGCAUUCUAUAACAGUAUCAUUAAUGCUCUUCUUGAAAAGGGUAUUCAGCCGUAUGUAACUUUGUACCAUUGGGAUCUUCCUUUGCAUCUUCAGGAGUCGAUUGGAGGAUGGUUGAAUAAGGAAAUUGUAAAAUACUUUGCAGUCUAUGCAGAAACUUGCUUUGCAAGUUUUGGCGAUAGAGUUAAGAAUUGGAUUACACUAAAUGAACCCCUUCAAACAUCAGUUAAUGGAUAUGAUACUGGGAUUUUUGCCCCUGGAAGACAUGAGGAAUCAGAAACAGAACCAUAUUUGGCUGCACACCACCAGAUCUUGGCUCAUUCUGCAGCUGUUUCUAUUUACCGGAGCAAAUACAAGGAAAAUCAAGGAGGACAGAUUGGUUUAGUGGUAGACUGUGAAUGGGCAGAACCUAAUUCAGACAAAAUUGAAGAUAAAAUUGCUGCUGGAAGGCGACUUGAGUUUCAGAUUGGAUGGUACUUGCAUCCAAUAUAUUAUGGAGAAUAUCCUGAAGUUAUGCGCAAAAUACUUGGAGAUAGACUCCCAAAAUUCUCAGAGGAAGAUAAGGAGUUACUCAGGAAUCCAAUUGAUUUUCUAGGCUUAAAUCAUUAUACGUCAAGAUUCAUAAGUCAUGUUGUGGAUAGCAAAGCAGAAACUUAUUACUAUAGGGCACAAUCAGCUGACAUACUUGCUCAAUGGGAAGGAGGUGAACCAAUUGGGGAAAAGGCAGCAUCAGAAUGGCUGUAUGUCUGUCCUUGGGGAAUUCGCAAGGUUAUCAAUCACAUAGCACAGAGAUACAACAAUCCUAGAAUUUAUAUUACUGAGAAUGGAAUGGAUGAUGAAGAAUCCGAUGCUCCGCUCCACGAAAUGCUAGAAGAUAAACUGAGAGUUCGUUAUUUCAAAGGAUACCUUGCUUCUGUUGCAGAGGCAAUCAAAGAUGGAGCAGAUGUGAGGGGAUACUUCGCAUGGUCAUUGUUGGACAAUUUUGAGUGGGCUCAAGGUUAUACGAAGCGUUUUGGUUUGGUGUACGUGGAUUACAAGAAUGGUCUCACCCGGCACCCAAAAUCUUCAGCAUAUUGGUUCAUGCACUUCUUAAAACAAGGCAGAGAAGGAAAUAUAGAGUUUCAAAGAAGAGUGGGAAACUUGCUGCUAGCAUAGUAACCAAAGAGAGAUUCUGAGUUAUCUCCAAUUCAGCAAAGGUUUGAUACUAAUACAACUAAAAUGUUUUUUUAGGCUGUAUGCUUGUGGUUUGAUACCUUUAUAAAAAAAUAUUGUGAUUGGCAAUGCUUUGAAUUUGAUCCAACGUUUUAAGCCACUAACCUUUUUUUGAAAAGGGUCAUCUUUUGUAUUUUGUGCUUUGAAUUGGAACCAGGUAGGCUGACAUCUAUUACUGCCUUGUGUUUAGUUGUAUUCGUGAAUGUGCCCCAUUAUUAUAUGUAUCGAUGAAAAUACUAUAGUCCUACAUAUGAUGGAAAGAAAAGUUGUGCUA